AUGCGCGCAGCGACAGCAGCCGUAAGAGCUGCUGCUCGCCACUUUGAGGGCCCCGCGCUGCUGCUGCGGCCCCGCAGCAGCAGCAGCAGCAGCAGCAGCAGCGCGCCGCGGUGCUGCUGCUGCUGCUGCAGCCGCUCACUGCGCUCCCAUUUGCCCCUACACACAGCCGCUGCAGCCUCCAGCAGCAGCAGCGGCAGCAUCAGCAGCAAAAGUAGUGCUUUGUGGGGCGCUCUGUACCCUCCGCUAGCCGGGGGCCCCCAGGGGGGCCCCCACCAGCUGCUGCAGCGUUGGGGGCCCCCUGGGGUCUCCGCAGGCACGUGGCUGCUGACGCCGCUGCCUUCUCGCUUCCAUGCAGCAGCACACUCCAGGAAGCAGCAGCAGCAGCAGCAGCAGCAGCAGCAGCAGCAGCAGCUGCAGCAGCAGCAGCACCAGCGGCGGCUGGAACAGCAGCAGACAGCAGCAGCAGAGGAAGUCUUCUUCCCUCUGCCUGACUGCAUUUCCUACCCACCUGACUUUGUAGGGCCGCCUGCCGCCGCCCCCAGCAGCAGCAGCAGCAGCAGCAGCAGCAGCAGCAGCAGCAGCAGCAGCAGCUCUGCUGCAGCAGAGUUCCUCCCGCUGUGGGCCCGCAGGCUGCUGGCCCCUCAGCCGCAAAUUUUGUUUUUGAGAAUUUUGGCAGCAGCUCCUUUGGGGGUGAUGGCCGUGGGAGUUCAUUUGCUGCCGCCUCUCGGCCUCCCCGCUGCAGCAAGAGACCUUCUCUCAGCCCUCAUUGCCUACGCGGCGACUCUUCUUACAGCAAAUGCAGCCGUUCAUGUUGGCCUGCAGCUCGCAGAGUUAGGGUUUCCUCCAAAGGUAGCUUGA